GCGGACAGACAAAAGUUGCCAGUCCAGUCUGUCCUUCAGAGGGAACCUACAAGAUCAGGCUUUCUACUUCUUAGUUAAAUUAAAAGGAAGUCUGUCUUUGUACCUGGAUAAAAGUCAGCUCGCUGUCCACUCAUUUGAAGGUGCUGCCGAGUUCACCAGCUGAAGACAACUAACCACCGUGGAAAAGUUAGUGUCGGGCACCCCGUGGGGUUUAAAGUUCAGCUAAUAGUAGCUCCAUAUCUUUACAUUUUCCUGUGGACACAAUGGCAGCUGUGUGGCAGCCACGUCGUGCCCUGGUGGAGAUACCUGCCCCGCAGCCCAAAAUUGCAGCUCGAAUGAGGAGGUCGUAUCUAGAAAUUCUAAGUGCUCGUUUGGCUCCAUCUCCACUUCCAAGAGGGAGAAACACAAAUACAAACCCAAAGCGUGUGCACUCACUGGAUUUGUCCAUUGGUGGGAUGUGGAGUGGGAGGAUAGAAGAGCAGUGUGAGAAGAUGGACGAGCACCACACGCACCUCUCCAAACAGCAGCUCGUACAGCUCAUCAGAUCCUUCAUCUUAGUCGAGCAGAGUCAAGAGCCCGAGAUCCUCGCAUCGGACCUGAAGUAUCUCCAUGAAGACCUGCACCUAAAGAAAGCUAACGUGUACCGGUCCAUACCUUACUCCCGGUUCGGCUCCAACAGGGACGCUCACUGCUACAGAAAGGCCUAUCCUCACCUGGUGGCAUUCAAAGUUUCGUGUCAGGAGUGGGGCCAAGUUCUUCUGAGGAACAAAGAGUGGGACGCCGUGCUGGAGCACACACUGAUGGCGUGGCGCUACACCAGCGAGCUGCCGCAGUGGGAUACAGCGAACCACAACGCGCUCCGAGAACAGUGUUACAGCAUUUUGGCAGCACACAGCCUCACUGCUCUCCAGCACUACCACCCUGAGCCCAGCAGAGGACGAGAGCUGCUCAGAAGGUUGAAUAUGGCUCAGUCACACAGCCAGUCAAUCGUGCCCUGUAUCCAGGAGUUGCAAAGGAUUAUGGGAUGCGCCGAUGACUCCGCCAUGGACACAAAAUAACAUGAAAAAAACACUAUCUAAGCAGCUGCCAACACCCCAGUGAAAAGUGUGCUUCAUAGAUGACCUAGAUAAUUUAUAUGUGGUACAGGGCCAAAAAAAUUGUACAUGGUAGUGUUUGUUUGGAAAAACCACUCCAGUAUUCUUCCAAAGGGCAGGAGAGCCACAUGAUGCAGGGUUCAAAAUGAAAAAAAAAAAAAACACACACGAAAGGGUUAAAAAUGCAAUGAAACCUCUAAAUUAAUCACAUUGCAUUUUUAUAUGGACUUGAAAGUAAAGGUGGGUGUUUAGAUGAUUUGUUGCACGACACAAUCUAGCCUUGAUUAUUGUUAUGCUCGUUACGUAACAGCCUCUGAUGAAAAAUGUUUUUGGAGAAUUCACAUUGUGAGAAAUUCUCAGUUGGUGCUGACAUGAUAUAAUAAGAUUGUAUAUUUUUAGAACUUUGUACAGAAUAACGUUUGCAUUGAGGAACUGGCCUUUCUUGUUGCUUUAUAAGGGUGUUUGUGUCUCUAUAUGUCCUUGUUACUUGAAACUGGCCUCCGCAAUCUUUGACAAUAGUUCUGUUUUAUAUGUUUGUCUUGUUUAUUGAGAAUCGUCUGUCUGUGUCCCUGGUUGCACUGUUGCUGUUUGUCCUAAAAAACUUGAAUUUUUUUUGAUAAAAUAGAUGCCUAAUUUCAAUAAAGUUGUUACUUUUGUAAUAUUGAAAA